CUCUCUCUCUCUCUCUCUCUAUAAUCACUUGCAUUUACUGUCUUACUUUCUCUCUCUAGGAAAACAACCACAAAAAAAGGACAGCCUAGGAGUACAGCACACAAAGCCCAAAGGGCUCCCCUUUCUUUCCUGCUAAGCAUUUUUUUCCCCCAAAAACCAAACACAGAUAAAUAAAGCUCCAGUCUUUAUUAGGAUUCGGUAAAAGAAAUUGAUGGCGGAGAUACAGCAACCGGAGACCAACGGCGGCCAAUUCACGAUGGGCUCGACGGAGGCGGCGGUGGGGGCGAAGCGGCAGCGGAGGCCCAGCGUCCGAUUGGGGGAGAUCGGAGGAGACCAGCCUUACGAUUCGAACCCGCGGCGGGCGCCCAAGCAGUGGCGGCUGCCGCCGACGGACCUCCACAACCGUAAGGAGGCGAGUAAGUCGUCAAAGACUCGGCCUUUAGUGAAUUUAAGCUCCGGCGGGGAGUUCGAUGAAACCCUAGACCGAGAGAGCAACCUCGAUAGCGUCGCCAUUGGGAGCUGGAAGGUGAAAGAGACCAAGAAGAGAGCUUCCACCGCGACGAAGAGGGUCAGAUCCAGCUGGGUCGCGGCGAAAAUCGACGAGGGCGGCGGCGGCGAGGAUGGGGAAGAUGGGUAUCGGGAAUUCGAGCCGGAAGAAGAGUCGGAGAGCCAAUUGAAGGAGCAGAGCCCAAUUCAUUCGUCGGAGAAUUUGGAAAGGGAGGUGCUUUUAUAUGGGAGUAGGAGACCAAUUAGGACUAGGGUUUUGGAGCAGCAUGAUGGAGUUGAGCUAUCGGGGCCGUCGGAGGAGAACGAUGACAGGGAGUGGAAUGGGAGAGGGACUAGUGGGGAUAGGAAUGGGAAUGAGGGAAGAGUGAGGUGUGGGGAAGAUGGGGUUAGGGUUUGGCUCAAUGGGUUAGGGUUGGGUAGGUAUGCGCCGGUGUUCGAAAUUCAUGAGGUGGAUGAUGAAGUAUUGCCAAUGCUAACUUUAGAGGACCUCAAGGAUAUGGGGAUAAAUGCGGUUGGGUCCAGGAGGAAAAUGUACUGUGCUAUUCAGAAGCUUGGAAAGGGGUUUUCUUGAGAGGUUUUUGUUUUUGCUGAUUGAAAAAACCAAAGAACAAAGCCUCAGACAUGGCAAUUCUUUCAGGUGAUUUCUUGAGUGAAUUUGACAGCAGAGUGGAUGUAAUCCCAAUACAACGUCCUUCAUGUGAAACCGGGGUGGGAUUAUAUUAAGUCUAAGUUAUAAGUUUUAAGGGGGUUAAAUAAUUUUGCAGUAUGAUGCAAUUUUGCAUUCUAGUUUGGGGAUGUAUGAUGAGGUGCGUGUGACAUUGUGAACUGGAUUGCUUGACCAGUGAGUUCCAGUAUGGCAAGAGUAUUUACGGAUCUCUUGUUGUACCUUGUGUAAAUGCUAUAUGUCUAGUAUCAGAAGUACACUGCAAGCAAUGUAGUAGAUUAUCAAAUUACUUGCGCUCUUGUUGUACAUGUAAAACUAUUCACUGAUUAUUACCAUAAAAUUUUAAGCAGGCUCAUUGCUUCGUUA